AUGUCGAACCUAAAGCCAAUCAAGAUCUUCUGGAGAGAUCACGUUCCAAAUCCCGCCAAAGUACUGGUCAUACUUGAGGAGCUCGACCUGCCCUACGAGACCUCAUAUGUUGAAUUGGAUGAGUUCAAAAAGCCGCCUCUCACCGAUGUGAACCCCAACGGACGGAUUCCCGCGAUCAUUGAUCCUAAUACCGGGCUGAAGCUCUGGGAAUCCGGUGCCAUUAUUCAGUACCUCAUCGACACGUAUGACAAAGACGGCAAGCUCACUUACACUGAGUUUCCCGAAAAGUACCAGUUGACCCAGUGGUCAUUUUUCCAGGCGUCGGGUCAGGGGCCCUACUUUGGUCAGGCUGCGUGGUUCAAUAUAUUCCACGAGAAAACGUAUGGGGAAGCUCCCGAAUCGGCUAAAGUACGAUAUGGCUCAGAAGUCAAGCGAGUCGCCGGGGUUUUGAACACUGUGCUGAGUGAGAAGGAAUGGUUGGUUGGCGAUAAAUGCACGUAUGCAGACUUGGCAUUUGUGAUGUGGAACCUCCAGAUUCCCUUUUUCAUGGCAAGUCGGACCGGCGAGCAUGCCUGGGACCCAGAAGAAUUUCCGCACUUUACCCGCUGGCAGAAUGCCAUGGUGGCACGACCAUCUGUCGCGAAAGUGAUCUCUGUGUUGAAUGACAAGGAGGUGAAGAAAGGCGCGUAG